CUGGUCGGGGUGGGGUGCUGCAGGAGCAGGUUUGGGAGGGGAGGGGGCUGGUCCCUGGGCACACAGGGCGCACGGGGCACACGGGGACCGGCACCCGGCGUGGUCGCUGCUCGUGGCCCCGGGAGCGGAGCCGGAGGUUGGCGAUCGGGGCGGCCAAGGCCAUCGCGGCUCUGCUGACGUGUGCUGGGAUCACCGCACGGGAGGAGCAAACACAACGUGCUGCACGUUUGUUUGGGCGGAUUCUUUGCUUUCCUCCUCUUUGAAGCUGGCCAACGCCGUCCAGGUGCUUCGAUGUCCCGUGUCCUGGUCCCAUGUCACUGGAGUCAGACACAUCUCACAGCAAAUAGACAGGAGUGGAGCCGGAUGGUGCUGGGGCUGCCGCUCCCGGGGCUGCGCGGAGCGCGAUGCUCGUGCUGCUCCGCGGCUGCUUGGAGGUAAAGGGCGUUUCUUUCUCCAUCUCCAGUGCCGGGAGAUCAUCGCCUGCAAGUGUCUCUGGGACCCAUUUCCUGCUGCAAACGGGCGCCCCAGCGCCCGCUGCCCACACGGCCGGUUCUGCAGCCGGCGCUGCCCCGGUGCCACCGCCGCGCUGUGCCGCAGGAUGUGGCCAGGCCGUGACACAGCCGGGUGACGCAGCCGGGUGACACGCGCUGCCGCCUCCUCCCUGCAACCGCGGCUGUGCCGCCAUCAAACGCCUCCCAGAGACACGUUUGCUGCUCUUUCUUCUAGUUUCUCACCCUCACCUGGGUUGCAGCAGUUUGAGCCAUUGAACCCCCCGCAGCCCGGGGGGUCUCACCGAUCCACACCAAAGUGAUCAUUCAGGUUUCUCCCGGCGUGCCCCAUGUCGUGGCCCGUGUCGUGCCCCGUGGCCCGUGUCGUGCCCCGUGGCCCGUGGUGUCGUGGCCCAUGUCGCGCGGUUCCCGCAGGAGCAGCCGCGCUGGGCACGUCGAGCCUGUUCUCGGUGGGCUGAAGAGGUUUGGGUUUUCCUCCGUGCUAUAAUUAAACAAGGAAACGAGAGGCCUUGGUUUAAACCUUUCUAAUCUUUCUCCGGAGCGCGGCCGCUGCUCAGCGCCGUGCAGCAUCUGUCCGAGUGGUGGCCGAGGAGGCUUGACCUUGGACUUGGGGUUUUCUGGCCGACCCUUGAGGAUGCUGUUUGCCUGUUUGAACAACGCUUGAUGUAAACCUAAGUAGGUUUCUGCUUGGUGAAAGGGAUUUGUUUGCUCGCUUUCCUACUAAAUUGUGGAAACUCUUUGUUUGCCGGAUGGGGAAAGGCAUCAGCUUUAGUUAUUUCUGUUACUUUAUGUAUUUCUCUGUCCAGCACAUGUGAAAUAACAUCUUUGGUACACGCAGCUUUGUGCCCUGAGCUUCCCUCAAAGAGCAGCUUGACACAAAUUGCACGAGGGGCUGGAAGUGGGAACAAAGGGGCUGUAAUUAGCGCAGAUAACCAGCGCGGUGCUGCUCGUCCGCAUCCGUUCAGGUCCCAGCUCGCCUCUCGCCCUCUCGGAGCCGAUUCCUCUCCACGGGCUGGCAGAGCAGGACGGGCUCCCCCUGCUCUCCCAGCUUUCAGCCGGUCGUGGGCGCACAGUGAGCUGACCUGGGAGUGAAACAGCGUGUUCCUGGUCCGUCUGCACCUGCACAAGGGGCUGCGGCUGCGCUUGAGCUGCUGUUAUUUCGGGAUAUUGUCUUUCCGGGCGCCUGAGCUGCAACUUCUUCUUUUUCUCGUUCCCCCGCCCUUGCUGUCUCGUCGUCGUUGCUGCGACAGCCGCGGCCCCGGCGGGUUCAGGCGCCGCGCUCAGAUCAGGAGCAGAUGAGCGGGGGGCGGUUUCUCUGAAGAUCAGAGUCGCCCCGGGAAGCCGCGUCUGUCAUCGCCACGGGCCUGGAACAGAAGGGAGAGAAGAAAAAUGUCCCAUGCGCUAAAGCAAGUGUUCAAUAAAGACAAAACCUUCCGGCCCAAGCGCAAGUUCGAGCCGGGGACUCAGCGGUUUGAGCUGCACAAGAAGGCUCAAGCCUCGCUCAACGCCGGCCUGGACCUGAAAGUCGCGGUGCAGCUGCCGCCGGGCGAGGAGCAGAACGACUGGGUGGCCGUGCACGUGGUGGACUUCUUCAACCGCAUCAACCUCAUCUACGGCACCAUCAGCGACUACUGCACCGAGCAGUCCUGCCCCGUCAUGUCCGGGGGGCCCAAGUACGAGUAUCGGUGGCAGGACGAGCACAAGUACCGCAGACCCACGGCCCUGUCUGCCCCGCAGUACAUGAACCUGCUGAUGGACUGGAUCGAGGUGCAGAUCAACAACGAGGACAUCUUCCCCACCAACGUCGGUACUCCCUUCCCCAAGAACUUUCUGCCGGUGGUGAAGAAGAUUCUCUCCAGGCUCUUCCGCGUCUUUGUCCACGUCUACAUCCACCACUUCGACCGCAUCACCCAGAUGGGCUCGGAAGCCCACGUCAACACCUGCUACAAGCACUUUUACUACUUUGUGAAAGAAUUCAAUCUCAUCGACACCAAGGAGCUGGAGCCGCUGAAGGAAAUGACCUCUCGGAUGUGCCACUGAGACGAGACCCUCCUGCUCCCACCUCGACGUGUCUCCGAGGCCGCCGAGUCCCCUCCUGCAUCAGAGACGCGAUUCACGGGGAGAACGAGAGACGUUUUGUUAAAGAAAUCUAUAUAUUUUUAACGAGUUUCAAUGUAAAACUGUGAUAUCGCAGGAAUAUUUUUUUAAAGAUGCUCUAGAUAACCUAGUUUUUUAUAGUAAUUUCUAUAAAAAAGAAGAAAAUAUUUUGGGCGGCUCGGUGGAGAUGCUGUUGGAGGAGGGGAGGGCCGCCCCGGCUGCUCGGCCCCGUCCCUCGGUGCAGCCGCGGAGCGAGCCGGACGCCUCGAUGGAGCCGAGCGGCUCGCGGUGCCGACCCCGGACACCCGUUCCCCCGCGAAGGAGGGUCCGUGGGGGCUGGGGAAGAGGUGCCGGUGUACGUGGAUCCCCUGGGUGCUGGUUGGUUCCGGCACCUCUUCCCCUGGCGGCGAGCCCAGUUUUCGGACAGAGCUGCAUUUCUGCUCGCCCUCCGCUUGGCCUCCUGGCCCCAAGGCUUGGCCCUCCUUGGUUUCCCUCUGCAAAGACUUGGACUUGGGUUUCUGUCGUGGUUAGGCCAGCACUGAUGGAGCCUGUGCUGGUGGGGACCUGCUCUUGGCUCUUGCAGCAGCGCUGAGCCGAGCCGCGCUGCUCCAGGACCAGCUCUGGUGCUGUCCCCACGGACAGGGAUCCGCACCGGCGGUAUGAGCCAAGCGGACCCGUUCCCGAUGGGACCGAGCAGAGGGACGGCGCCAGGCCAGGCGAGGGGAGUCUUCUCAGGCUCCUGCGCUUCCCCGUCUCCUCAUGGUACGUGACCCCGCCGAGGAGGAACCGGGCUGUUCAACCCGCCUCACCGCGUGGACCAUUUUCUGCUCCCCGCAAGGGUACGGAGCCUCCUCCCCUUCCCCACAGCUCGUUCCCGCUCACGUCUGGCACCGCGGUGUCUGAUGAGCCGGCGCCAUGCCCGCUGCCUGCGCCGCCGGCCCCGCGGGACGGGGGCUUUGAGCCCCCGGGGGGGGAUGGGUCUGCCCAGGGCUGGGGGAGCGGGGCCAAGAGAAAGGACCAAACUGCACCACCGACCGCUUCCUCCUCGCACAGUUCUGUGUCCUGGGGUCUCUGUACAUAUGUGACUCUCUGUUUCUUGUACUAUCGUUAGGACACUCGUUCAGAUACCACUAUAGUUCUCUGAAAUGGAACCAAUAAAUUAUGUUGUAUUGACAUAGCAA